AUAAGUAUGCAUGAGCCUAUGAAAGGAGUGUGGUUAACAGGGACAUGUAAAAGUUGAAGCCAGUCUUACUGUUGUCAGAGACGAUGAGGAUGUUUCAUGUACUGAGUGCCGUGUUCACUGUCAUUCUCCUAGUGAGAGGUUGUGAUGCACAACUUUCAGUAUGUGGCAGGCCUACAUUAUCCACUAAAAUAGUAGGAGGACAGAGUGCUAAUCCUGGUGCUUGGCCGUGGCAGGUCAGUCUUCAAUUGAACUCUCAUCAUUUCUGUGGUGGAUCACUCAUCAACAAUGAAUGGGUCCUGACAGCGGCUCACUGCUUUCCCAGUACUUCAACUGCAUCCCUGACUGUGCUCCUGGGCCUACAGAUACAGUCAGGAUCAAAUCCAAAUUCAACCAUCCGUACGGUCUCUAAAAUCAUAAAGCAUCCAAACUACAACAGCAACACUAAUGACAAUGACAUCACUCUUCUGCAUCUGUCUUCACCUGUAAAUUUUACUGACUAUAUAAAACCAGUCUGUCUGGCCGCAGAAGGCAGCAUGUUCUACAAUGGCACAUCAAGCUGGGUCACCGGAUGGGGAAAUAUUGGCUAUGGUGUUAGUCUGCCUUCACCACAAACUCUUCAGGAAGUAAAUGUGCCUGUCAUUGGAAACAAAAAGUGCAACUGCCUUUAUAACAAUGAUAUCACAAACAACAUGAUCUGUGCUGGACUGAUACAAGGGGGGAAAGACUCCUGCCAGGGUGACUCGGGUGGACCAAUGGUAAGCAAACAGGACUCAGUCUGGAUCCAGUCUGGGAUUGUGAGCUUUGGACAAAAGUGUGCUUUAGCUAACUUUCCUGGUGUGUAUACCCGAGUUUCUCAGUACCAGAGUUGGAUCAACCAGUCUAUCACUACCAACCAGCCAGGUUUCAUUACGUUCACCUCCAAUGGUACUGACGGUGACCUAAGCGUGAGCUGUACCAGUGUACCAGCCAUUACAUCAACUGCUGCAACUGUUACGACCCCUGCACCUGUGGUGUGUGGACAGGCCAAACUGAACACUCUUGAUGGAGAAGGUAACUCGCUCGCAUCUUCUGGUGCAUGGCCUUGGAUGGCCAGUCUACAAUUUAACGGCAGUCACGUGUGCGGAGGAACGAUGGUUGCCAAGCGGUUUGUCAUGACCACUGCCAGUUGUUUUUCCAGAUCAACAAAUGCAUCCCAGUGGACUGUGAUCCUGGGCCGUUUGAAUCAGAACAGUUUCAACCCCAAUGAGGUCUCCGUACAAGUCGCCAACAUCACCAUCAGCAAUUUGACAGGUGACAACAUUGCUGUCGUGCAGCUGGCCAGCGCACCACGACUCUCAGAUUUCAUUCAACCGAUAUGUGUGGAUCUGGGAGGUACUACCUUCAACGUUAAUGCUACAUGCUGGACGGCAGGCUGGGGUUCAGGAUCAGGAGGAGAUGCUCAAACCCUUCAACAAAUCCAAACCACUGUUGUGAAUUGUGGGAACUCAUCUUCAAACAGCAGUAUUUGUACAACUGCCAUGAACUUACAGGAGGGUUAUCAGGGUGGUCCUCUGAUGUGUAAGCAAGGUCUGUCAUGGAUCCAGGCUGCUGUUGUGACGAUACAAAACAACAGCACUAACACAAGUGUCAGUAACUCCACAGUAGCAAGCCGGUCUGUUCGCACACAAGAUAUCCAGAGCUUCACUAAAACCUCACGCUUUUCAUCAUUCCUGACGUCUGUGGUGGGUUCUUUCCCCGAUAAACAAACAAACAGCACAAACGCAACUGUAGGAACCACAAACGCAACUGUAGGGAGCACAAACGCAACUGUAGGAAGCACACCAAGUUCCUCCACCAGCGUGUCUCCCUUUUUUUUAUGUUUUACAACUGCACUCCUGUUUUCACUUACAGCGCUCCAGAUCUUUCAUUGUGACUAUCCUACUUCACUGUGGGCGAGGUUGAAGAGGAGGAGGUCUCGCCUAGACAGUUUUUUUGGGGGGGGAGACAGUCAGCACCAGGCUCUACAGUUUGUGGAACCAACAAGCCAGUUACAGGAGCCUGUGUGCACCACGCCCAAGAUGGCCGCUGCCAUGUCUGCACCUGUUCCCAAGAUGGCCGCUACUAUGCCUGUCUCUUUUCCCAGAAUGGCAAUCAGGGGAACACCCUUCUCUAAGAAGACCGCCAUGCCUGUAUCUGUUCCCAGGAUGGCCACCGCCAUGCCUGCAACUGUUUUCAAGAUGGCUGCGACCAUACCUAGGGCCGCCGCACCUGAGCCAGUUCACAAGAUGGCUGCCACAUCCGAGCCAGUUCACAAGAUGGCCGCCGCACUUGAGCCACUUCACAAGAUGGCCACCACACCCGAGCCACUUCACAAGAUGGUUGCCUUACCACCCGCUCCAGUUCAUGCUAGGACCCAGCGGUUGAGGUUUAGUCUGGCGGAUACCCAGAUGAUGUCUGUACAAGCAGCUAGGAUCCCAAGUCCUGGUGUUUCCAGCUCUGUGGUCUCUAUGGCAUCGGAGGUCUCUCAAGCCCAUAAACCAGAGUCACCUGAACUUCCUGUCAUGGCUGAAAAGUCUGAACCUGAAUCUCUUGCACUUCCUGUCACAGCUGAAAGGUCCGAACCUGAUUCCUCUGCACUUCCUGUUUUGACUGAAAGGUCAGCCAACAAGGUCGCUCCUAAGCUCCAUAGACUCUCUUCCCUUGUCAAAAUGGCCAUGCACAACUCCCAUAGACUCUCUGCCCUGGCCACAAUGGGUCCACCUUCAUUCCUCCACCCACCUGGACUAUUGUUGUUCAGUAGCACAUAUGAUGACCAAAAAGGAUUACAGGCAGAAGGCGUGCCUAAGUUAAAUAUCAUAAAGACGAUGAGGAUGUUUCACGUACUGAGUGCCGUGUUCGCUGUCAUUCUCCUAGCGAGAGGUUGUGGUGCACAACUUUCAGUAUGUGGCAGGCCUACAUUAUCCACUAAAAUAGUAGGAGGACAGAAUGCUAAUCCUGGUGCUUGGCCGUGGCAGGUCAGUCUUCACACGAGCUCUCAACAUUUCUGUGGUGGAUCACUCAUCAACAAUGAAUGGGUACUGACAGCAGCUCACUGCUUUUCCAGUAUUACAGCCACUGGCCUGACUGUGCUCCUGGGCCUACAGACACAGUCAGGAUCAAACCCAAAUUCGGUCACACGUACGGUCUCUGAAAUCAUAAAGCAUCCAGACUACAACAGCGAAACUAAUGACAAUGACAUCACUCUUCUGCAUCUGUCUUCACCUGUGGUUUUUACUGACUAUAUAAAGCCAGUCUGCCUGCCGGCAAUUGACAGCACGUUCUACAGCGGCACAUCAAGCUGGGUCACUGGAUGGGGAAAUAUUGGCUAUGGUGUUCCUCUGGCUUCACCAGAAACUCUUCAGGAAGUAAAUGUGCCUGUCAUUGGAAACAGAAAGUGCAACUGCCUUUAUAACAGUGGUAUCACAAACAACAUGAUCUGUUCUGGACUGAUACAAGGGGGGAAAGACUCCUGCCAGGGUGACUCGGGUGGACCAAUGGUAAGCAAACAGAACUCAGUCUGGAUCCAGUCUGGGAUCGUAAGCUUUGGAGAACAGUGUGCUUUAGCUAACUAUCCUGGUGUGUAUACCCGAGUUUCUCAGUACCAGAGUUGGAUCAACCAGCAUAUCACCACCAACCAGCCAGGAUUCAUUACGUUUACCUCCAGUGGUACUGACAGUGACCUAAGCGUGAGCUGUACCAGUGUACCCGCCAUUACAUCAACUGCUGCAACUGUUCCGACCCCUGCACCUGUGGUGUGUGGACAGGCCAAACUGAACACCCUUGAUGGAGAAGGUAACUCGCUCGCAUCUUCUGGUGCAUGGCCUUGGAUGGCCAGUCUACAAUUUAACGGCAGUCAUGUCUGUGGAGGAACGAUGGUUGCCGAGCGGUUUGUCAUGACCACUGCCAGUUGUUUUUCCAGAUCAACAAAUGCAUCCCAGUGGACUGUGAUCCUGGGCCGUCUGAAUCAGAACAGUUCCAACCCCAAUGAGGUCUCCGUACAAGUCGCCAACAUCACCAUCAGCAAUUUGACAGGUGACAACAUUGCUGUCGUGCAGCUGGCCAGCGCACCAAAACUCUCAGAUUAUAUUCAACCAAUAUGUGUGGAUCUGGGAGGUACUACCUUCAACGUUAAUGCUACAUGCUGGACGUCAGGCUGGGGUUCAGGAUCAGGAGGAGUUACUCAAACCCUUCAACAAAUCCAAACCACUGUUGUGAAUUGUGGGAACUCAUCUUCAAACAGCAGUAUUUGUACAACUGCCAUGAACUUACAGGAGGGUGAUCAGGGUGGUCCUCUGAUGUGUAAGCAAGGUCUGUCAUGGAUCCAGGCUGCUGUUGUGACGAUACAAAACAACAGCACUAACACAAGCGUCAGUAACUCCACAGUAGCGAGCCGGUCCGUUCCCGCACAAGAUAUCCAGAGCUUCACUAAAACCUCAAGCUUUUCAUCAUUCCUGACGUCUGUGGUGGGUUCUUUCCCCAAUAAACAAACAAACAGCACAAGUGCAGCUGUAGGAAGCUCAAACCCAACUGUAGGAAGCACACAAAGUUCCUCCACCAGCGUGUCUCCCUUUUCUUUAUGUUUUACAACUGCACUCCUGUUUUCACUUACAGUGCUCCAGAUCUUUCAUUGUGACUGAGAUCAGUGAAGUCUGAGUAGAAA